AUGUCUGCUCUACGACCUUUGCAACGAGGUGUGAACCCCCUGAGCGCAAGAUACAUUUCUCAAUCCGCCCGUGUUGCGGCCAAUGGCUCCAACAUCCUCCGGCGGCAGCUCCCAUCUCCGCUCCACGGCUGCUCUUCGGCCGCUGGCAUAGCUCCCCGAUUCACUGCUGGGCCAUCGGUGCACUCCCAAAAUGGGGUCACACGGCGUUAUGCCUCGUCUACUGCCUCAGGGCCAGUAAAGAAGACUCAAUUGUAUGAUCUGCACAUUGCCAGGGGAGCGAAGAUGGUGCCCUUUGCGGGGUACUCUAUGCCCCUGCAGUAUUCAGAUCUCAGUCACGUCGAGAGCCACCACUGGACCAGAGAAAAGGCUAGUGUGUUCGACGUGAGCCAUAUGGUACAACACCAUCUUAGUGGUCCCGGAGCCAUGGAGCUGCUAAUGAAGGUCACUCCCUCGUCUCUGGACAAGCUCAAGCCUAACUCCUCCACACUCUCCUGCCUGCUUGAAGAAGGCACCGGCGGCAUCGUUGACGACACCGUCAUUACCCGCCUCGACGGCGACGCAUUCUAUUUCGUCACCAACGCCGGCCGCCGCACCGAGGACCUGGCCUUCCUACAGGCCGAGAUCGAGGCGUACAGGCAGACCCACGGCGCCGACAGCAUCAAGUGGGAGAUCCUUGCCAACCGGGCUCUCGUCGCCCUGCAGGGUCCGCUCGCCGCCUCUGUCCUCCAGCCCCUGAUCAGCUCCCACGGCGCGGUCUCCCCCGCCGACACCGACCUCAGCACCCUCUACUUCGGCAACUGCCGCUCCCUACACCUCACCCUGCCCGACGGCACCCCAACCCAACAGCCUCUCCUCAUCUCCCGCACCGGCUACACCGGCGAGGACGGCUUCGAGAUCUCCAUCCCCACAGCCGGCUGCCCCUCCCUCCCAACGCAGGUCACCGAGCUCCUCCUGUCCAACCCGGAGCAAGUCCGGCUCGCCGGCCUCGCAGCCCGCGACUCCCUCCGCCUCGAGGCAGGCAUGUGCCUCUACGGCAACGACAUCUCCACCGCACAGACACCCCCCGCUGCGUCCCUGGGCUGGGUCGUCGGCAAGGACCGCCGCGACCCCGCAACGGCCACCUUCAACGGCGCCGCCACCAUCCUCCCGCAGCUCGCGUCCCCCGCGAAGACACUCUCGCAGCGCCGUGUCGGCUUCACAGUCGAGAAGGGCAGUCCCGCGCGCGAGGGCGCCAUCGUCGUCGACCUGGGCGACGAAUCGCACCCGCAGAUCGGCGUCAUUACCUCAGGACUGCCGAGUCCAUCACUAGGCGGUACGAAUAUCGCCAUGGGCUACAUCAAGAACGGCAUGCACAAGAAGGGGACCGAGGUUGGGGUGUUGGUCCGGAAUAAGGUCCGCAAGGCGACGGUUACGGGUAUGCCUUGGGUGGAGAGCAAGUUCUACCGGCCCAAGGCUUGA